AUGGGAAAUAAUCGUUCCUCAACCUCUUCUUCUUCUGCCACUUCAAGUUAUUCUCAAUAUACCCAUUCCAUUCCAAACAAAAAUUUUACGGAUAAAAAUAAUCGUCAAUUUUGGAAAACCUCAAUUUCGGCUCGAGAAAGUUUCGACAAUUCUCCACAACAAAAAGAAGAAACAAAAACACGUUUACGUAAUCGUUCCCUUGUUUUAUUUCAACAACCAAAAUUAAAUAAAGGAGGAGGAAAUAAUAAUUGGUGGCCUUUAAAAAGAAUAAAAAAUAGAAGUAUUGAAAAGAAAAAUUCUUAUGGAGUGCCUCCUCCUUCAUUGUUAUUUGAUGAAAUAAAUGGAGAAGAAGAAGAAAUUCAAAGUUUAGAAAAUCGUCCAUUAAUAGAUUUAACAGUAACAAGUAGUGAAAACAAUAGUCCUUGUUCUUCUCUUCCUCCAAACCAACCAACAACAAUAGAUGAUUCUAAUACAACAACAACAACAUCUACAACAACAACAACAUUUAUUAGUUUUAGACCCCAAAGAUGCCAAUUUUUAGAAAAUUCUUCAGAAAAUUUUGUUGAAAAUAAAAAUAAUAAUUCGGAAUUUAAUAAACAUCAAAGACGUGCAAAAUCAUUUAGACAUUUCCCAAGUACAAAAACUUGUAAUAAUAGUAGAAGAAGUACUAGGUAA